GCGAGCACGAGGUCCCCGCGGGGACGGCGGUAUAAAAUAGAAGCGCCAGGUUCUGACAAAAGUCUACGUCAAGAGGAUUUGGUGAGUGAGGAGCGCGUGGGGAGCAGAGAGCAUUCAGAAAUGUAUAGAUUUACUAAAUCCCACAUGAGCUCACCCAUGUACUUCCCUAGCAUGGGUACAGCCCCUUUCUUUAAGUUGACUGUGUUUGAGCAGGAACAUUUCCAGGGCAAGUGUCUGGAGUUCACCUCUGAAUGCUGCAACAUCCACGACUGCGGCCUGGACAACAUUCGCUCCAUCCGAGUGGAGAGUGGAGCUUGGGUGGGAUUCGAGCACCAUGACUUCCAGGGCCAGCAGUUCAUCCUGGAGAGGGGCGAGUACCCCAACUGGGAAGCCUACAGUGGCUCCCUGUCCUAUCACAAUGAGCGCUUCAUGUCUUUUCGCCCCGUCUACUGUGCUUCCCACCAGAGUAGCCGCAUGAUGAUCUUUGAGAAGGAGAACUUCAUUGGCCGCAGCACAGAGCUGUGCGACGACUACCCCUCCCUGCAGGCUAUGGGCUGGUUUAUGCCUGAGGUGGGCUCUAUGCACGUUCAGUGUGGAGCCUUUGUGUGCUAUGAGUACCCGGGCUACAGAGGCCAGCAGUACAUCAUGGAGUGUGAGAGACACAGCGGAGACUACCAGCACUGGAGAAACUGGGGCUCCCAUUGCCAGGCUCCAAAAAUCCAGUCAAUCAGACGCAUCAGGCACUAAGAAGAAUGGAUCAGGACUGUCAGCAGUAACAGCUCAGGCUUACACCUGGAUGCUGUGCUUUAGGGCCCUGACUAAGGGCAAAAAGCCUGAACUUUCGACUCUGUUGUGAGUUCAAGGCUUCAUUUGCCAGGGCCACAGCUAUGACACAAACCCACAAACCAUCAAUGACGUAGCAGCUACCUCUUUAUUCCAGCUCAUAUUCAUAUUUCUGUUAAUACACAUUUUGUUUUAGUAGAAGUGAAAUAAAGCUCAGACUGAGAA